ACAAAGCCUGUGUGAAAUGGUUGCGCGCAUGCGCAACGCUGCAGACCUCGACUAAAUUGAGGUCUUUGUUGAGAUCAAAAAGACCGAUCUUGCUCGAACUUUGCAGAUAUCUCAGGGAUAUUUCGUGAAACGACAACUGUAUUGUAUACAAUCGUGAGCUUGGUGAAAUCCCGAACACGAACUCAAGGAUGUUAGCAUAGCUGACAACAUCGGAUGUAACGUUAACGUACAUAAACAAACACAUCGCUGCCGUUUUAAGGUGGUAUUUUUUGGGCGGCUUGAUUUUAUUUAUUUGUAGCGUUACAAUUACGACUAGUGGUUUGCCGAAAUGAGGAACUGUCAUAAUUUUAAGGAGUAGAACUCUUCAUCUCCAUGAUAUCAUGACAGAGGAGAGGAGUAUUUGUACGGAAAGGCUGCCGAUGGCACGCAGAAGUGGGGUUCAACUUUCCAGCUGCCUCGUCCAGACAGAGGAGAAGAGGGACACAGAAAGAGGAUAUUUGUGGGUCAGCUUUAUUUCACAUAAAUAGUCAGGCUGCAAAAUUUGGGAGAUGGAGACUGUCGGGAAAUUCGAGUUCAGCAGGAAGGACCUUAUAGGGCACGGUGCCUUCGCAGUGGUAUUCAAAGGCAGAAAUCGAGAGAAGCAUGAUUGGGAAGUGGCAGUCAAAUGCAUAAAUAAGAAGAAUUUGGCCAAAUCUCAGACUCUUCUCGGGAAAGAGAUCAAGAUAUUGAAGGAAUUGAAACAUGAGAACAUUGUUGCAUUGCACGACUUUCAGGAAACGGCAAGCUCUGUGUACCUAGUGAUGGAGUACUGCAAUGGGGGAGACCUGGCUGACUACUUGCACUCUAAGGGCACUUUAAGUGAAGACACCAUCCGAGUAUUCCUGCAGCAGAUCGCUGGGGCCAUGAGGGUCCUUCAGGCCAAAGGAAUCAUCCACAGAGACCUGAAACCCCAGAACAUCCUGUUGUCCCAUCCUGCAGGCCGAAAGUCCCACUCCAACAACACCUGCAUCAAGAUAGCUGACUUUGGCUUUGCACGGUACCUCCAGAACAACAUGAUGGCCGCCACACUCUGUGGGUCCCCAAUGUACAUGGCACCUGAGGUUAUCAUGUCACAGAACUAUGACGCCAAGGCUGACCUGUGGAGUAUAGGGACCAUUGUGUUUCAGUGCCUGACUGGAAAGGCUCCAUUUCAGGCCAGCAGUCCACAGGACCUCCGCUUGUUUUAUGAGAAAAAUAAAAGUCUUAGCCCAAACAUUCCCAGAGAAACUUCCAGUCAUCUCAGACACCUGCUGCUUGGCCUCCUGCAAAGGAACCAUAAGGACCGGAUGGACUUCGAUGAAUUCUUCAGACACUCCUUCUUGGAGGCAAGCUCGUCUAUGAAGAAGUCUGCUCCAGUGACCGUGACUUGCUUUCCCAAUUCAGCCUCUGCAAGCUCAUGCAGCAGUUCGUCUACUUCACACCUGGCCUCUCCUCCUCAAUCCCUUGCAGAGAUCCAGCAGGUCCGUGCAAAGGCAUUAGCGUCCCCGACCCAGGAUUCUCCAGGAUACCUGCUGAAGGACUCGGAAGGUGGCGGAGGCGGCAGCAGUAGCAAGAACUCGUCCUGUGACACUGAUGAUUUUGUCAUGGUUCCAGCUCAUUUCCCCAGUGAGCUUACCUGUGACAUGCCGACAGGAAAGGUUAACCAAGACAGUCUGAUGUAUAGUGGGAGUUCACUUCUGGCAUCUGGAGGUCAGUGCAGUCAAGUUAAGACCCCUCCACGCUCUCCCUCCUACAGCAGCUCUCCAGGACCCAGCGGCAGGCCGAGUGAGUUUUCUGGGAGUAACUAUGGCAACUAUGGGCAGUCUGUACCCAUUCCAGUCCCCACUCAGAUUCACAACUACCAGCGCAUGGAGCAAAACCUCCAGUUCCCAGGUCAAGAGGGUUCUCCACGAUCUGCCACGGUCCAGCGAUGCGGUAGCGCGAGCUUUCUGACCUGUGGAAGGACAGGACCUUCUCCUCCUCAGUCUGGUUCUGCUCUCACUUCUCGCAGGCUGUCCACAGGAGGCACAAAACCCUUCCAGCUCUCUCCACAGGUGGGCACCAUUCCUGAGUUGCCAGACCAAAUUUGCCCAGCGAGUACAGAAAUGGUUCAAAGGGGAUGUCGGGGUGGAGAAAGCAAGGCUCGGCCACAACAGCAGGGUCUAGGGACACGGCUCAACAGUGCCCCCUGUUUGCUGGAGGCGACUGGUGGGUGCAGGCAGAAGAUCAGGAAGCAGCAUUCAGAUCCAGUGGUAGCUCCUCAGGGAAACAUGAUGCCCUUUAGGACCCUGCACUCCUCGCCCAGGCUCAGUGAACUUAUGCAACGCAACCCCCUACCAACCAUCCUGGGUUCUCCUUCCAGAGCCAUGCCCCCAUUUGAGUUUCCCAAGCCCCCGAGUUCCCCAAACAUGGUCACAUUUCUUACCCACCAGGGCCUCCGACCAGCUCAGGAAGAGGCUAGUUUUUCACCUAUCUACCAGCCUGAGGAGAGAAAAGGCUUUGGGAGGUCUCAAAGUGUUGGUCGCCUAUCUGAUGUGCUGCUUAUGGCGGCAUUUGGGGGUCAGCGAGGAGAAAGAAGCAGCAUGGAGAAUCUCAAUUCUGACAGAGGCAUAGACAUCACAGCGCCACCUGGUGGUGGAGGCAUUGUUGUGGGCUCAGGUAGUCCUGCUCGAGUAGUGUUCACUGUGGGUUCUCCGCCAAGUGGGGGAACACCUCCUCAGAGUUCUCGCUCAAGGAAGUUCUCCGCAGGCUCUCCAAGCUCCGUUAGUCCGGUAGGGUCCCUCACCAGCCGCUACCCACAAACAGGCCUUCUCGUGGACGGCUACGAGGGGCCCUCGAGUCCCCGCUACGGUUUCUCUGACCCCAUCUCAGCCAACCUAGAAGGAGCUGUGACUUUUGAAGCCCCUGAACUACCAGAGGAGACCCUAAUGGAGCAGGAACACACAGAGACUUUGCACAGGCUCCGGUUCAUGCUGGACUUUGCUCGAUGUAUGGUGGAUGUGGCAGAAGCCCGGGGUGAUGAGGCUCCCAAGGCCGACCCCUCUUCCACCAGCCUGCUCCAGCAACAAAGCCUGGUGGCCGACCAGAUCAGCUCUUUGAGCCGAGAGUGGAGUUAUGCUGAACAGUUGGUGCUUUACAUGAAGACGGCAGAGCUUCUGUCAUCUUCAAUAAACACAGCCAUGGAAGGAAUCAAGCAGGGAAAACUCUACCCAUCUACCACCGUCAAACAAGUGGUUAGGAGGUUGAAUGACCUGUAUAAGUCCAGUGUGAUGUCAUGCCGCUCUCUGAGCGCUCAGCUGGAGCGAUUCUUCUCCCGUAAACACAAACUCAUGGACCACAUCAACAGCAUCACCGCAGAGAGGCUCCUCUUCAGCCACACCGUACAGAUGGUGCAGGCGGCUGCUCUGGAUGAGAUGUUUCAUCAGGGGGAAGCAUCAAUUCAGCGCUACUAUAAGGCUUUGCUGCUCAUGGAGGGUCUGUCUCUCCUCCUCACAGAACAGACUGACAUCCUCAGCGUUAGCAAGUGUAAGCAAUGCAUUGAACGCCGUAUCACCGCCUUGCAGUCGGGUCUCUGUGUGUAAAGUCUCUCCAGCACCCUGCUGUUACACCAUCAAGAUUACCUGAGCACCUCUCGAAGUGAUGUGGGGGAGGGAAUGGCCCUCUGAUUGGAUCACGUUAAUCUGAUUGACAGCUGUUGUCAUAAUGGUGGGAAAAUACCAUACCAAUACCAGACAUGAAAAGACACCAAUAAAACCUGUGUCUGUGGUCAAGAUGAAACUCGCUUCGUCGAUGAUUCUCUCACAGAGUUUAAAGUGAAGAACAAGAUGUUUCGUGGUGCAACUUGUUGGCUCAAAUGUCCAUGUUAUCAAUGGGUUGUGCAAUCUGAGUUUUUUUUAGACAAGGUUUACCCACCCCAGAACAUCAGUUUCUUACAUUUUCCUUAGUUUAUAUUUCGUUUCCACCAUGCUAACUAGCGGCGACGUUAGAAAAAACACGUUUAGGAUAAUUAUUAGCGAUUUAUUACCACAUUUACAUGUAGAAGUGAUUUGUGUGAUUGAAGUUGAAGUAAUUUCGGUUGGUUGGUUGAAAUCCAAGUGUCCAGUUAGAAGUUGUUCUAACCGCUAGAUAAAUGUUGCAGACCAGCAAAAUGGUGAUUUUUGUGCACCAUGUGAAUGUUAUAUGAGGCCCAAAUUAAUCGGAAAUUCAAAAAUGACCAAAUUAUAAAGCCAUGCAUACAACGAAUUCUUUUGAUUCUAUCCAUUCACAGAAGGAAACUGUAUAAAGCCAGCAAAACCAUUUGUAGCACUUUAGUGAAUGUUUACCAAGUAAGAGCAUGUCAAACCCUGUUUUCAUCCUUUAAAUGUCUUAGAAAUGAAUAUUGUAUGCGUUGUUUGGACAUCUCUUAUGACCUGUUCAGUUUCUUCUUUUUAAAUGGCUAAUAUUGUGUUUUUAUUUUGUGUUUGGCAAUCAUUUGUCUGAAUGUAGUUUGGCUUUUUAAGUUAAUGUUGCAUUAGGGCUUAAGUUCCUGCGCCAUCACAGGGGAUUUUAAGUGUUAUUUAGUCAGAAAUAUUAUGCCAAAUAAAUCUUUAUAGUUUAGAUAAUGGCGGUAUUAACAUUGGCACGCUCAAUAUUAGGUUGGCAUCAGAAUUUAUAAGGAACUCUUGAUUAUACCUCUUGCCCUGGUGAUCCUGUUCCAGCCUUUAAUGCCCAUUUUAGCGUGUGUUUUUUUUUUUUUUUUUCUGAGGACAGAAUGUACUUCCUUUGGGUUGUGCAUGUAUAGAUAUUCUUGUUGUUGAUAUGAGCUGUGUAUAAUCUGACAAAGGAUAGGUCUUAAGAUAGUAGUCUAUUCUAGCUUGCUGCACUGUUUGAGGGCUCUUUAGCUAGGUAAGCAAAAGAGAUUCAAAAACGAGUGGACCAUUUGGUGUGAACACAUUUGUUUUCCACAUUAGAGUUACGUAAUCAGUCCUUUUUAGUCUUUUUUCAAUUGUGCUGUAUCUGAACAGUGUGCUUGUGUUGAAAAUAUUUAAAACAUUUUUAAAAUGUGCCUUUAAAAAAAAAAAAGCAAAAACUGAAACACUGAAAAAAAUAUUUUGCUCUGUUAUAUUUCUUUUAUUUUAUUUUGUACAUUGUCAGUGUGGAGUGUGUAGUGUUUUGAAUGGUUAAAACUUAAAUUGGACUGGGUUAAGAAGAUGCUGUGGGUGUGAUUUAGUUUUGCUUCACUUUUAUGUGGGUGUGAAUGUGUUUGUUUAAAUGUCGUACAUACUAGUUCGAAAAAACUGAAGUGUGUCGUCAUGAUAGUGAGACAUAAGCUAUUUUUUCAGAGACCAGUUGCCAUCAUAGAAACAUGUUUUUUUUUUUCCUUUAAUAAAUACCACUUAAAUUGUAAUUUUUACAGCUUUGUUUAAAGACAAAUAGCUUUUUUAUUUUCUUUGUCUGAACAAUUUGAGGAUUAUGCUGCAUUGCGGUGUUUUCACCAUGCGGUGUAUUUGUGUUGUGCUUUUAUAACUGCAUAAAAUAAAAACCCGUUUAAUCCAUCAAAUGUUAAUCGUCGCCUAUGGACAUUGGAUGCAUCGGGACAUUUUAAAUCAUUGUGUAAAGCAUGAAGUGUUUGUUUCUGGGAGGUCAUCUCUGAUUUAAGAGUCACGUUGUCAUUGAACUGCACACACUAAAACAAUAUGUGAGCUCACCAGUUCUGCAUCACUACACUGUUGUCUUCUCCAGUAAUUAAUAAUGUACAUCUGUUUGACCUUGGUCUCUCAGUAUCAUGUGUAAAUAUGGAUUGUAAAUUAUCGCUUUAAACUUGUACAUCUAGCAGUCGCAUGGAGAUUUGCUUUCCGUCACCCUCUCCCCACCAAAGAUAUGAACGUUCCCAAUUGUGACUGUUGAUGAACAUUUACAGUUGUUUGUUCUGUAAAAAGACUUGUACACACUCUUUCAUGUCAAAUGUAAGAUGUAACUAUUUGCUUUAAACAGUACAGCACCAAUAAAAGAGGAAAACUGAAAUAAA